AAUGGACAGAACGAAAAAGAAGCGGAAGAUGUAUUUUUGGUGAUACUCUUUUUUGUCCGGCUCUGCUGUUAAAAAAGACGUUUAUCUCGUAGUUCACGCCGGAUUGUAACUUGACCAAAACUAAAUAUAAAUAAUAAUAAACAUGGCCGAUGCAAAACCUGGUCGGUCAGGUACCACUACAUCCACAUAUGCGCUGAUACCAAAGCCGGCCAAUUUGCAGUGCAUGGAUCUACAGCAGUAUCUACGUACUCGGACACAAGACACACUGGAAAAAUUAUACAACUACCCAACCAUUUGUUUAGCCGUUUACAGAGAACUGCCUGAGAUAGCUCGCCAAUUUGUAAUACGUAUACUCUUCGUCGAACAACCAGUACCUCAAGCUGUGGUCGCAUCAUGGGGCUCUCAGCAUUAUGCAAAAGAACAAGCUGCGUCUACCGCUUGCCUAAGUGAGCUCAACGUUUGGCGUGUUACAGCUAUUCCCGGUGGUCUAUCAGCCUGGGAGCUUAGUCCAACAUUUAAAAAGAAUUUAAAAAUUGCUUUGUUAGGUGGUGGCAAACCUUGGUCAAUGUCUCAUACGCUGGAAAAGGAUUCGAAACCACGUGAUAUUGCUUUCCUCGAUACAUAUGCAAUGGCCCGUUGGCGUUGUGUACUGCAUUACAUGGUGGGCACUGGCAGUUCAAGCAAAGGCCAAGACAGUGAAGUUAUCAGUCCAGACGCGGUACGUAUACUACUUCAUGCCAAUCUCAUGAAGCGUGACGAACGCGAUGGUAUUACAAUUACACGUCAAGGCUUCCAGUUCCUUUUACUUGACACUCAAUCGCAAGUGUGGCAUUUCAUGCUUCAGUACUUGGAUACUUGCGAAGAACGUGGCCUUUCGCUGUCUGAGUGUCUUUCAAUGCUUUUUCAGCUAAGCUUCUCCACACUAGGACGUGACUACAGCUCGGAGGGUAUGAGCCCUAAAAUGUUAACAUUUCUGCAACAUUUACGGGAAUUCGGCCUUGUAUUUCAACGUAAACGGAAGGAGGGGCGGUUUUACCCGACACGUCUAGCGUUAAACGUAACAAAUAAGCAUGCAGCAGUACCAGCUGUAAUAAGCGAGGAGGACAAGGUUCAGGAGAGUGGUUAUAUUGUGGUUGAAACCAAUUACCGAGUUUAUGCAUACACCGACUCUCCGCUGCAAGUGGCAGUAUUGGGUUUGUUCACCGAAUUGUUAUAUCGUUUUCCAAACUUGGUUGUGGGUGUAUUGACCCGCGAUUCUGUACGACAAGCGCUACGCGGUGGUAUUACGGCGGACCAAAUUGUUAGCUACUUGGAACAGUAUUCCCAUCCGAACAUGAAACUGACCGAAUCAGCUAUUAAAUCAAAGUCUCCACUCCCACCAACAGUUGUAGACCAAAUUAAGUUGUGGGAACUGGAGCGUAAUCGUUUCACCUACACCGAAGGUGUGGUUUACAAUCAGUUCCUAUCACAGGCUGAUUUUGUGACGUUGCGUGAUUAUGCGCAAUCCAUAAAUGUUCUGGUACACAUGAAUGAACGAACGCGCACGAUGGUUGUCACUAAAAACGGGCAUGAUGACGUUAAACGAUUUUGGAAACGAUACUCCAAGAGCGGCGGAUAGUUCCCCAUUUACGUGAAAGAGGCCGUUGUAGAAUGGGUAAUUUAAAUUUGCAUCUUACAAUAGAUUAAAAAUGUCUCUCGCACUGUAUGUAUGUAUAUAAUCUUUAAUAAAAAUACGUACAUGGGUGCUUAAUAUUACAAA